AUGUUCACCUUUGGAAAUUAUGUGUUUAGGACGGGGAGCUUUCCCCUGCUGCUCUCAACUCUUUUCCUUCUCUUUAUCUUUAUAGGUGCCGACAUCUCCAGCAGCAGUAUUGAUAUAUCCACUUCAAGCAAAGGAGAUGUUCUGACCACACCACAAUCACCACUUAACCAAGCCUCCAAUACAAGUGUUAAGGGCCAGCAGUUUAUCCGUGAUGUUGCUGUUGACCACUGUCCAAGCCGAACACCUUGUGAAGAUUUGGGUCCAAACUGCAUUAACUGCAAUUUUAAUUACUCAUGUACUUACGGGAAAAUCACUUCAGUCUCUUGUGAGGCCAAACAAGGGAUCAACUGCACAGGUUCGGUGAGUUUUGAAAGAACUCUUGAGUGUCGAUUCUGUUAUCAGCUUGAUCCCUCAAAUUACACGUGCAAUGCAUCAACCUCUUGUCGUGUUGUGGCUGCCCCCAGACAGCGGUACAUUGCUUCCUGUAAAGUGAAAGAAACCAUCAUGUGCAUGGGCAAUCGAAAUUUCUACAAAUAUCGACUUUGUAACUGGACAAGUGGUUACAGGUGGAGCACAGCCCUUCUUCUCAGCAUCACUCUUGGUGGAUUUGGUGUUGACCGAUUUUAUCUUGGUCUGUGGAAAGAAGGUAUAGGCAAACUAUUCAGCUUUGGGGGUCUUGGAGUUUGGACCAUUGUGGAUGUUAUUCUGAUUGCUAAUGGUUUAUAUUGGACCAGCUGA